AUGAUAGUAGCAGAUGAUACUUUUAUAAGUGACGAUGAGGAAGAUUACUGGUAUGUUUGCACAAACGAAGCACCAAGACCUCACUCGGAAUCAUGUACUAACAGUUGUCUCUCUUUUUUUUUUUUGCAGUCCAUUAUGUGUUGAAGAAAUGGAUAUAUCCGAUAAGAAUUUCAAGCCGUGUCCCUGUGGCUAUCAAAUCUGUCAGUUCUGCUACCAUAAUAUCAAACUGAAUCCCGAGUUGAAUGGAAGAUGCCCUGGGUGCAGACGUUUGUACGAUGACGAAAGCGUAGAGUAUAAAACCAUUAGUCCCGAGGAGUACAAGCUCUUGCAAGCCAAGAAGGAGAAGCGGGAACGCGAAAAGAAACAGCGGGAGAAGGAGCGGAAAGAGGUGGAUAUGGCCAGCAAGAAGCACUUGUCCGGGUUGAGAGUUGUGCAAAAGAACUUGGUAUACGUCACGGGCUUGAACCCUCCGUGUAAUCCCGAAGAAUUGCAUUCCGUCUUGAGAAGCGACAAGUACUUUGGACAGUAUGGCAAAAUCUCCAAGAUUGUCAUCAACCGGAAAAACCUCAACGUUGGCUCGUCUUCGUCGUCGCAUCACGGCCUGGGCUCGGUGUUGGUUGUUUAUGUCACAUUUGCCCGAAAAGAAGAUGCGUUGAAUUGCAUUACGGAAUUGGAUGGCUCAAUGUGCGAUGGGAGGAUUUUGAGAGCAGCACACGGAACUACAAAGUAUUGCUCGUCUUACUUGAGAGGCCACCCGUGUCCAAAUCCAAAUUGUAUGUUUUUGCAUGAACCAGGCGAGGAAGCCGACUCCUUCACUAGAAAAGAUUUGUCGACUCAACAGGGUCUCAAGAUGGGCAUUGCUUCGAGAGUGCACACAACGACAUUUGGUGAACUGUCCUAUAUUCCUGCUUAUUUGCUCCAUCAAAUGACCGAGGAGGAGCUUCACCAGUACCAGCAGCAACACCAACCAAUUAACCAACAAUCUCAAUCUCAAUCUCAAUCUCAAUCUCAAUCUCAAUCUCAACCGCAUUUCGAAAGCAAGGAACACUUGCCCGCUACUGCGCACUGGGCAAGUACAACAUCGGCCAGCAACUCACCUGCAGUCAAUAAUAACAUCCCCUUGGCCAACUCGGCCGCGUUUCCCACUUUGGGCGAAAUUGCCCGUGAUCACAAGCAACAGCAGAGGAAAGAGCUCAAGUCUCGCGUCUCAAGUAACAAAAUUUCCAAAAUCAAUAGUUUGGCCACAGCUGACGAUAUUGACGUGGAUGACACUUCAAUCUUGCCCUUUUUGGAACAGUUUGGAGAGUCUUUGAGAAAUUUGGACGAAAUCAAGUCUGUCAAAUUCAAGCAAGUUGGUUUGAAUAGGAUCCCGCUUUUUGCAUUCAAGGCUGAUUUGAACUCGGAGAUGAAACAGGAGGACGAGAAGGCAAUUGCACGUCAAGUUAUAGAGAGGUUUCUUCUUAGACCCAUCAAGAAUUAUCAUUUGGCAUAUAUGAACCAUCCCUUUACGCAGCAACAGUCCCUUUUGCAACAUCAACAACAGCAACAGCAACAACAACAACAACAGCAAGCUCAGCAACAACAGUCUCUCUUGCAGCAACAGCAUACACCUAUAGUUUCUAUGGCUCAAUUUCAAAAAUCCGAAGAGCAGCAGAAACAAGCACAACAGCAGUUAUUGUUGCUUCAAUUACAGCAGCAACAACAACAACAACUUCAGCAGCAGCAGCAGCAACAACAACAACUUCAGCAACAACAGCAACAGCAACAGCAGUCACAACUCAACAUGCUCAAAAGUGGAAAUAGACUCAACACCUCUACCCCACCACCACCGGGUCUCUUUACCGGCAAAACCUCGGGUCUUGCAAACGACGUCCCCAUAAUGACCACAUCUAUCCAUCCACAAUCAUCAAGCUCGCAAUUAUUAACUCAAUUAAUGAGCGGAAAGAAAUAA